CCGGUGGAUGCUCCGGUCGCUGCUCUUCUACGGGUGGCUGCAGUGCCACGUCCGGUUCCUGCAGACGCAGAAUAUCGUGGUGCCGAUGAUGGUCAGCUCCGGCGUCACCGCCGCCAACCACGUGCUCGUGUGCUGGGCGCUGGUCUACAAGCUGGGCAUGGGGAUCAAGGGAGCGGCGGUGGCCAAUGCCAUCUCCUUCCUCGUCAACGUAUCCAUACUCGCCCUCUACGUCAGGCUCUCACCGUCCUGCAAGACCACCUGGACGGGGUUCUCCUGCGAGGCGUUCCACGACAUCCCAGCCUUCUUGAAGCUCGCUGUCCCAUCUGCGAUGAUGGUCUGCAUGGAGUGGUGGUCGUUCGAGGUCAUGGUGCUACUUGGUGGCCUUCUCUACCUAAUCCCAAACUCUCCACGGCCGUGCUCUCCAUCUGAUGCUCUUUUCUUCGUGUGAUUGAUUGAUCUCGAUCGCUCCUUGCUGAAUCUCUAUCCUAUCCGACACCUGCAGCUUGAACACCAAUUCCAUAGUGUGUACGGUCCCGAACGGACUCUCUUCCUCCAUAAGCACGCGCGUGUCCAACGAGCUCGGAGCGGGGCGACCUCGCGCAGCCCUUCUGGCCGCCCGUGUUGUCAUGCUGUUGGCAUUUCUGGUAGGAACUUCGGAAGGCAUUCUCUUGAUCCUAGUGCGAAACCUGUUGGGUCUUGCCUACAGCAAAGACCAGGAGGUUGUUGC